UUUCUCUCCAGCUGAUUUUUGGAGAAGCUGCCUGUUAAAAUAGAGAGAAAAAGAGUUCAGCGUGAGAUUCAUGUUUGAUGGAUGUUGACACUUGAUGAAGUUUAGAGAGUUCAGUCUGAGGAGAGAAUAGCGGCUCUGAAACAUCCAGACAGCAACUCAGAGGGGUUAAAAAUCAUCCCAGCAGGCGGGUCAGAAAAUGUCGUUUUUAAAAAAUCUCCUUCUGAUGACACCAGCUUGAAACGGCCGUUUGUUUAACCGCUGUGCGUAAUUUUAAGAUGCCGGGUGAGUUUGUGCGUAAAAGUGCGCGCUUCUCCGUUGCGCACCACGCUCGCUCCCCGUCCUUCCCUCAUCUUCAUCUUCAUCGGAUCUAGAGCCGAGCAGCAGCAGCAGCAGCAGCAGCUCAGCCCGUCAGACCAGCUGAAAAUGGCUGAGCUCCGUCCCGCCCGGAGGAGCUCCAGUCCGCCUCUCACCGGGCUCCUCUGCGUCGUGUUGCUCCUUUUCGUCUCCAUCUCCUCCGCGAGUCGUGAUGUUGUUUCAGGACACAACAAGACGUGGAGAGAUCCAGCCGGAGAGACCCGUCAGGAGGACUCCCAUCAUCAAACUAACUCCUCUGCACACAAGAAGGCUUUCCCCGUCCUCUCCUUCAACUACGACCACGUCAGGAAGCCCUUUGAGAUCUCCCUGUGGAUCCUGCUGGCCCUGCUCAUGAAACUUGAUUUAUCCCACUGGUCCAAGACAUUUUUGACCAUCCGCCAGCCAGACUGUGUUUAA